AUGGCGGAGGAGCAGGUGAUUGGCGACGAACCUUCAUCCUCUGACAGUAACUCAGAGAAAACCUCCAAGGUCGCUGCAGAGUCCCUGGAGUGCCAGGACCACGAGAACAACUGCUUAUUCUGUCGGAUUGCUAGGCAGCGGGAGACCGGCACUGAACUCCUGCCCUGUGAGAAAGAAGACCUUGUGUGCUUCAAAGAUGUAAAACCAGCAGCACCUCAUCAUUAUCUGGCAGUGCCAAAGAAGCAUAUUAGAAAUUACAAUGAUCUAAAGAGAGAUCAAAUAGAAUUGGUAGAGGACAUGGUAACUAUUGGAAAAAGCAUUCCUACAAAGAAUGAUUUCACUGACUUUUCAAAUAUGAGGAUGGGUUUCCAUGUACCACCAUUUUGUUCGAUUUCUCACUUGCACCUUCAUGUUCUGGCACCAGCCAGUCAGUUUGGCUUCUUAUCCAAGUUGGUUUAUAGAAUAAAUUCCUAUUGGUUUAUCACAACUGAUUAUUUGAUUGAAAAACUCAGAACAUGGAAAUAA